GGCUCCCUCCUGGCCUCAGCAUCAGCAUCAGCAUCAGCAUCUCUCCUGCCGGGACCAUGGACGACGUGCCGCCCCUCAUCCAGCUCAACAUCGCGCUGCGCGUUCACCCCAACGAGGGCCCGGUCUUCUUCAAGGUGGACGGGAGCCGCUUCGGCCAGACCCGCACCAUCAAGCUGCUCACCGGCUCCAAGUACAAGAUCGAGGUGGUGGCGAAGCCCGGCAACGUCGAGGCCACCAACAUGAACAUCGGGGGAAUCAUCUUCCCCCUGGAGCAGCAGUCCAGGGACGACGAGUCGGUGGUUUACCACGGCCAGUACGACACUGAGGGCGUCCCGCACACCAAGAGCGGGGACCGGCAACCCAUCCAAAUGAGCAUCGAGUUCAACAAGGCGGGGACGUUUGAGACGGUCUGGCAGGUCAAGUACUACAACUACUACAAGAGGGAGCACUGCCAGUUCGGCAACAAGUUCAGCAGCAUCGAGUACGAGUGCAAACCCAACGAGACGCGGACGCUGAUGUGGAUCAACAAGGAGAGCUUCAUCUGAGUCUGCGGGCAGAGCAGGAGGCGUCCGGAGGUUCCUGGAGGUUCCCGGAGGUUCCCGGAGGUUCCUGGAGGUUCCCGGAGGUUCCUGGAGGUUCCCGGAGGUUCCUGGAGGUUCCCGGAGGUUCCUGGAGGUUCCUGGCGUCUGCCGUGGUACGCAGAGAGAAACCAGCCGUUAGCAUACUGGUCUUCCCUCGUCUGCUUUAAAACUGCACAAACAUUUGUUCUCCAACAUGUUGACUGGUUUAAGACAUUUACCACCAGGGGGAGCCGGGGAGGAGAUCGAAGGCUCAGCAGAACCGUUUUCUUCUUUGUUUCACUUCCUGUCAGGGCGUCUUCCUCUCUUUCUAAAUAUUUGGUAGCUUUAGAGCAGAGUUAAACCCUAACCACUACCCAUCUCAUGACCUGAUCUUGUUCAUCAUCGUCAGCAGAGUCAGAUGAGAAGAAGAUUUAAAGUCUGUAUUUAACGUCUUCCUGAUGAGGGUCCGGCGGCACCAGAGCAGGAGACACAGGACAUGUUCAAGCAUUUUACACUUACAAGAAGCAGCUUUUAAUGAG